UAUAGAUUUAGAGUUUCCGAGUUCUAACAUACUUAACAUAUAGAGAUCUCGUCUUUUGUAUCUUUAACUCUUUCAUUUUUGGGAGUUCGCUGAAGAAGACAAACACCCUUUUCGAUUUGAGCAUUUGCAAAUGAAUCCCUUCUCAGUUUCUCUAUUAUCAGUUGCAGAAGGGGCUCCUAGAACAAGACCUUCAAGACCUUUCAGUUUUCUUCUCCACAUCUUCGUGUGGUUAUUGGCCUGUCUCUUUAUAACAGGCCAUGGUUCUGAGAGUGAAACCUAUUGCUUGAAAUCCAUCAAACAAUCAAUUGAUCCGUUCAAUUAUUUAUCUGACUGGGAUUUCAACAGAAACUCCAAUGGCUACUACUUUUGCGUAUUCUCUGGUGUUGAAUGCUUGGACAUCGAUGAACAGAGAGUAGUAUCAAGUCUCAGUCUUGCUAAUAUGGGGCUGAAGGGACCAUUCCCUCGCGGUAUUGAAAAUUGUUCAGCACUGCAGGAGCUUGACCUUUCCUUCAACGAGAUUUCAGGUGAAAUUCCGAAGGUUGUUGCAAACCUAUAUUCGCUGAUCACACUUAAACUUGAUGGCAACCAGUUAUCUGGUGAAAUCCCUCAUGAAAUUGGGUUGCUUCCUCAAAUAGAAUCUUUUAAUGUUGCUAACAAUUUGUUGUCUGGGGAAGUUCCUGUCUUUACCAGAAGUCCUCACGUUAGUUUGAGUUAUGCCAAUAAUAGUGGCCUUUGUGGGUAUACUCUAGAACCCUGUGAUGACAGACCUUCUGAUAGAUCAUUUUGGUACAGUUUUGCUAUUGCUUAUGUUUGUUCAACAACCUCUGUCAUAGUUUCUUUCAUGUACUAUUUUCAACCUUGGAGAGUCUUGAAGAAAAGGGGGAGAAAUUCCAUAACUUCUUUGAGAAGAAAGAGACAGAACAUUAUUCAAACUCGUACUACAGAAGUUGCUGAGUUGCUGCCAUUGGCGUUGCAAGAACAAGGAAUCAAAGAGCUCCCAGCGUUGUUGGAGAGGUUGAUUCCUAGAAUAAACUUUGGGGAACUAUGUGAGGCAACUAAUUACUUCAGCACAGACAAUGCCUUAGGAUUUGGAAGGACAGGGAUUGUGUACAAGGCCAAGCUUCCAAAUAACUAUUUCAUGGCGGUUAAAAGACUCUAUGAUUCUCAACUGUACAAGAGAGAGUUCUUGCUGGAAACGAUGAUCCCAGGAAAACACAGACACCACAACAUAGUCCCUCUUCUAGGAUUUUGUAUGGACAAAAAGGAAAGGCUUCUGGUUUAUGAAUACAUGUCAAAUGGAAAACUCCAAGAUUGGCUACAAUCUGAUGGAUCUCAAUCUAUGGUAUUAGAAUGGCCUGUGAGGCUUUAUAUAGCUCUUGGGCUAGCCAGAGGCUUGUCCUGGCUUCACAAUAAGUGCAACAUUGUCCAUCUCAAUCUGAGUUCUGAGUGUGUUCUUCUCAGCAAAGACUUCGAACCCAAAAUUUCAAACUUUGGCGAGGCCAAAUUCAUCAAUCAGAUCAUGAACGAUCAUUUGAGGAGGAAGCUGUAUAUGAUAAAUGGACUUGCUGAGAAGGGUUCUACGGAGAAGGAUGUGUACAGCUUUGGAUUAACUCUUUUUGAGCUCAUAACAGGGAAAAGAUUGAAUCCAACCACUGAUUCUUCUGACACUGUUGGUUUCAGCUCUUUGAUGAAAUUAAUCAGUACUAAAUUGUUCACUGGCCCUUGUGAUUUUUACAGUGUCAUUGAUAAAUUUCUCAUUGGGAAAGGAUUUGAUGAGAAAAUCUUUGGUCUAAUUGAAGUUGCAUGUGAUUGUGUUAAGCCUUCUCUGGUGCAGAGGCCAAAGAUGGAUGAUGCGUACAGAAGAAUAAGAGCUUUGUGGGAGGGCUAUGGACCCACGUCUGAUCAUUCUGCAAGUCUAAAGCCUUCUCGGGUUUGCCCUGUGGAGGUAUCAUGUGGAAAUGAAAUUGAGUGCCUUCACUGAGUUGUAAAUUUACCUUUUCUUUUCAUUAGUUAAGAAAAUGUAAAUUAGUGUUGCAAUCUUCAACCUUUUCAA